CUUUGACUAGUUGUACUUUUACAGACUUCCGACUCCCUAAAUUCUUUCUCUUUCAGACAAUUUUCUCUCUCUUCUGUCUAACUCCGUCCGGUUCCGUCCGGUUCUCCGACGCUGAGUCUCUCAUUUCCCGUCCGAAUCUCCUCCAAGAAACCGCCUUCACUCGCCGGGAAACUGCUUGCGUAAGCUUCUCGGUCGGUCUUCUUUGCAGUCCACGGGAAAGACCAGAGGGAGGCUGCUUCAAGUUCGGAGUCUUUUUUUUUUUUUUAAAUUUUCAAUGGAGGUUCUGUGAUUUUUGGUUCGACGAGGAGGGAGAGGUAGAUCUGCGAGGUUGCGUUGGGUGUAGGACCUGAAGGAACUCGUUUAGAGAGAGAGAUAGAGAGAGAGAGAGAGAGAAGAGAGAGAGAGAACGAAGAGAGAGAGAGAAGAGAGAGAGGGGUUCGGGUCCUGAUGUGAACGUUGAUGGUAGUGUACGGACGAGGUUGUGGGUGGUUGUAGAUGAUGACCGGAGCUCCGGCGAGGGAUCGGAGAGGGUGGUGGCGUUUCGGUGAAUUCUCUCACAUGGAAUGGCAGAUCUUGUAAGCUAUGGGAAUGCCGACCGUGACAUCGAGCAGGCGUUAAUUGCUUUAAAGAAGGGAGCUCAACUACUUAAAUAUGGUCGCAAGGGAAAGCCUAAGUUUUGUCCAUUUAGACUUUCCAAUGAUGAAUCUUCUUUGAUCUGGAUCUCAAGUAGUGGUGAAAGGAGUUUAAAGUUAGCUUCUGUCUCAAGAAUUAUUCCUGGACAAAGAACUGCUGUAUUUCAACGAUAUCUGCGCCCUGAAAAGGAUUAUUUGUCUUUUUCUCUUAUAUACAACAACGGGAAACGUUCUCUUGAUCUGAUUUGCAAGGAUAAAGUUGAAGCUGAGGUGUGGAUUGCGGGCCUCAAAUCAUUAAUAUCCUCUGGUAGAGGUGGGCGUUCCAAAAUUGACGGAUGGAGUGAUGGAGGCCUCUACCUUGAUGAUAGCAGAGACUUGACAUCAAAUAGUCCAAGUGAUAGUUCAGUUAGUGCUUCUAGAGAUAUUAGCUCUCCCGAUAUAGUUAAUUUAAACCCAAAUACUUCUCCAAGGAGUUCUCGACCAGAAAAUUCUCUGCAUUCUGUGAGGUCACAUGUAGCAUUAGACCAGGCAAAUAUGCAAGUAAAAGGAUCUGGUUCAGAUGCUUUUCGAGUUAGUGUUUCUAGUGCUCCCAGCACCUCCAGUCAUGGUUCUGCACCUGAUGACUGUGAUGCUCUAGGAGAUGUAUAUAUAUGGGGUGAAGUUAUUUGUGAUAAUGUCGUUAAGGUUGGGACUGAUAAGAGUGCUUAUUUGAGCCCGAGGUCAGAUUUGCUUCUCCCUAAGCCAUUAGAGUCAAAUGUAGUUUUGGAUGUGCACCAUGUAGCCUGUGGCGUCAGACAUGCUUCUCUAGUUACAAGACAAGGUGAAGUUUUUACAUGGGGUGAAGAAUCUGGAGGAAGGCUUGGUCAUGGUGUUGGGACGGAUAUAAUUCAACCUCGUUUAGUUGAAUCUUUGGCAGCUAUUAGUGUUGAUUUUGUGGCAUGUGGAGAGUUUCACACAUGCGCUGUUACAAUGACUGGGGAAAUUUACACGUGGGGAGAUGGAACACACAAUGUUGGACUUCUUGGUCAUGGAUCUGAUGUCAGCCAUUGGAUACCCAAGAGAAUCUCUGGUCCUCUUGAGGGACUUCAAGUUGCAUCAGUAACAUGUGGUCCAUGGCAUACUGCCUUGGUAACAUCAACUGGGCAACUCUUUACGUUUGGUGAUGGCACAUUUGGUGUCUUGGGCCAUGGAGACAGGGAAAAUGUUACUUAUCCAAGGGAAGUAGAAUCUCUGUUAGGACUGAGAACAAUUGCCGUUGCAUGUGGGGUGUGGCAUACUGCUGCUGCAGUGGAAGUUAUUGCUACACAAUCCAGUGCAAGUGUUUCGUCAGGUAAGUUGUUUACUUGGGGUGAUGGAGAUAAAAAUCGUCUUGGACAUGGAGACAAGGAACCCCGGCUUAAACCAACUUGUGUUCCAGCACUUAUUGAACACAACUUUCAUAAAAUUGCUUGUGGGCACAGUUUAACUGUUGGCUUGACCACAUCUGGACAAGUGUUUACCAUGGGAAGUACUGUUUACGGUCAGCUUGGUAAUCCCCGUUCUGAUGGAAAGCUACCUUGUUUAGUAGAAGACAAGCUUAUUGGGGAAACUGUUGAAGAAAUUGCUUGUGGUGCAUAUCAUGUAGCAGUUUUAACUUCCAGGAAUGAAGUUUAUACAUGGGGAAAGGGUGCAAAUGGGAGAUUGGGUCAUGGAGAUGUUGAAGAUCGAAAGACGCCAACAUUGGUUGAAACGUUAAAGGAUAGACAUGUGAAGUACAUUGCUUGUGGUUCAAACUACUCAGCAGCUAUUUGUCUUCACAAAUGGGUAUCUGGUGCUGAGCAGUCACAAUGCUCUGCUUGUAGACAGGCUUUUGGGUUUACAAGAAAGAGGCACAACUGCUAUAAUUGUGGACUUGUACAUUGCCAUUCAUGCAGUUCCAGAAAAGCCAUAAGAGCAGCCUUAGCUCCUAAUCCUGGAAAACCAUAUCGAGUGUGUGAUUCAUGUUAUGUAAAACUGAAUAAAGUGUCAGAAAGCAGUGCCAAUAGCAGAAGAAAUGCUGUUCCUCGGCUAUCAGGUGAGAACAAGGACAGGUUAGACAAGGCUGAGAUAAGAUUUUCCAAGUCAGGAGUGCCUUCAAACAUGGACUUGAUAAAGCAAUUGGACAGCAAAGCAGCCAAGCAAGGGAAGAAAGCUGAGACAUUUUCCCUAGUUCGGUCCUCUCAAGCGCCUUCUUUGUUGCAACUGAAAGAUGUUGUUUUGUCUUCUGCUGUUGAUUUGCGGCGAACUGUUCCAAGACCAGUUCUUACGCCAUCAGGAGUAAGCUCUAGGUCCGUGUCACCUUUCUCAAGGAGACCAAGUCCGCCACGUUCUGCUACACCCAUUCCUACAACAUCAGGACUUUCCUUCUCGAAAAGCAUUGCUGAUAGUUUGAAGAAAACAAAUGAACUUUUGAAUCAAGAAGUGUUUAAAUUACGGGCUCAGGUUGAGAGCCUGAGACAGAGAUGUGAUUUUCAAGAGUUGGAGCUUCAGAAGUCGACAAAGAAAGCACAGGAAGCUAUGACACUAGCUGCAGAGGAAUCUGCUAAGUGUAAAGGUGCAAAAGAAGUUAUAAAAUCACUUACUGGGCAGCUCAAAGAUUUAGCAGAAAGGCUGCCACCAGGGGUUUAUGAUAGCGAGAGCAUCAAGUUAGCAUACCUGCCAAAUGGUUUGGACCCAAAUGGAACUCACUAUCCAGAUGUGAAUGGGGAGCACCAUUCAAGAUCUAAUUCUAUCAGCAGCAGCUCUUACCUGGUUUCUCCAACAGGCACUGAUUCUGCUAUACUAAAUGGAACUCAGGGCCUAAAUUAUUCACUCAGGGAUUCACCUGGCACGAAUGAAGUAAACCAGCAGCAAAACCGGGAGCGGUUGAUCUCCAAUGGAACAGUAGAACAUCCAGAUGAUAGAUUACCAAAUGGAGGGAAUCAGGCUGGUGGCAGUGGUGUUUCAGAGGCUUUCGAUGGCAAGGAAUCCGGGCCUUUUCAAGAUGGUGGGAAUGGUAUCAGAUCCAGGAAUUCUCCACAGGCUGGUAAUGGUAAUCAAGUAGAGGCAGAAUGGAUCGAACAAUAUGAGCCAGGUGUUUAUAUAACCCUUGUGGCUUUGUGGGAUGGAACUAGAGAUCUCAAACGAGUGCGCUUCAGCCGCCGAAGAUUUGGAGAGCACCAAGCAGAGACUUGGUGGUCGGAGAACCGCGAAAAGGUGUAUGAGAGGUACAAUGUCCGAGGGUUGGACAAGUCUUCAAUUUCCGGCCCAGCUGGACGUAGAUCAGAUGGAGCACUCUCACCUUCUUCCCAACAAACCUAGUCAAGGCAAGAAUCAGUAUUAAUGGGAAGCAAACACCCUUUUUGCUGUUUUUUUUUUUUUUUUUGGGCAUCACUGCUCAAUCCUGUUAGGUUUUUUCUUUAUUUUUUUAACCUUUUUUUUGGGGUAUCUUCCAUUUAAUUUAUGGGUCGUUGCCCUUUAUACACCUUGUAUUGUAGUGUAUAUAAAAUCAUCAAUCGUGAGAUAACCUGAGCAAAGAAAAUUUUUCUUGUUGCUUCCCUCA